GACGAGCUUAACAUCUGGGAUCGGGGUCAAAUGCGCUAUGGUGGUAACAUACAAAAAAUUAACACAGUCUAUCUAUAGGGACCGUAUGCGAAUUUGGGCGGACAACUGUAGGCUUAUUUGUCUGAGAAUUCUUCUUCUUCUCUGAAAUUGUCUUUGCAUCAGACGAGCUGGGAUAGGGGUCAAAUGCGCUAUGGUGGUGAUUCACCCCGUUUAUUCCUUAAUACAAAAUGGUGACAAAGGCAAAGAAGGUUGUUAUUAUUAUGGUUCAAAUGACGAUGAUGGUGGUGGUGAUGAUGAUAAAAGCAGUGGCAGACUAAGUCUAAGGCGUUGUUACGGGGUUGUGCUCCAGAGCUUUACCGUGAGGCUGCAUGGGGCGAGCUCACCUGUGACGUCACAGAACACCAAAUAAAAAUCCCGGAUAAGAAAAAUGGAUGCUACUGAUAACUACAACAAUAGAAAGGCAGUAGAAAGGCUAUUACAAAAUACAUGAGCCAUGUCAAAAAACGGUGUCGCUGCCAACUUACAUAUCCCUGCAAACAAGGGAUGUCAGACCUUGUUUAAAUAGAAGUCUUUGAUAUGCAGAAAACGUAUUAAAAAGACAGUUGUCGUUACGCAACCUCGUCUCGGCUGUACGAAAACAUUCCAGUUUGCAUCUAGCCUCCUCACGUUUUGCCGAGGUCAAAGCAUGCUGCAUAUGCUACACUACACUGCAUUCUUUGAUGUUCUAUUUAUCUAGCAUUCCGUUUCGUGUAAACAAUGUCAGUAAACGCCGCCAGUAAAUGGGAUUUGUCAAAUGAGGUCAACACUGAAAGACAAAAACUUCCACUCAGUUGUGAGAUCAGACGCCAGACCGAAGUAAACUUUCCAUUAAUUGGUACUUAUCAUCUCUUGUUAUCAAAAGCAGAAGGACGGGCCCAUUUUGCCUCGUUCUUUUCCUAAUUAUUUACGGUCUGUAGCCCUAUGAAUAGCCUAGAAAUCUCGUAUUGAUUCGGAGCAAAUGGGAGUACAAUGCAAAGGAUCAAUUACACCGUAAAGUCACACAGACAAGGCAGCAAAUACGAGAUGCCAUGGUUGCUUUGUUUUGGGAAAGAAGAAAAUGGUCAAAAUAAAGACUUGAGCGUCAAGAACCCAGAUAAAACACAAGUGGCCAGCUCGUGGAGCAGAACUUUCAGAACGGCGCAAGUGGCUCCGUUGUUCAAUCCAAAGUUUAGUGAACUUAGUUUCAAUCCAGAGAGAGUGAAAACAUAUCUGACAACUAUCGCACGCUCAACGUUUUGUGGGGAUAACGAAAGCGAAAACUCACAGUUGUUGGGAACUUUAAUGAGAAAACUCUACGAACUUGUGGAGAAUGGAAAGGCACUUUCAAACGAAUCCCAGGAAAUGUUACAAAAGCUUAUUAAAGUACGAACAGAGCAUUCCAGCCAGAAGGAAAUAUUUCGCGCUCGAUUGAAAGAUGAUUUUGGGAGAUAUCUUUUGAUAAAACAGGAUCGGGAUAGACGUAUAUCUAAAACAACGACUUUGAACAGCAUUGCGUGGUCUACUGGCCAGAGUCCGGCAGGACCAUUAGAGAAAAUCGCCGUCCUAACGCCAAGACACCAUGCGUUCUGGGGUUCUCGCCAGCAACUCCGGUCCGGGAAAAUAGUAGGAGACAUGUUGAGUGGACUCGAUCCUGUAUUCGGUGUGCUAUUAAACCCAACAGGAGGACGCAUCGGUCGCGGGGACUCAGAAAAGCUUCAUAAGUUACUGUACAAAGACGAGGAGUCGGUGGCUUACCACUCGGCCGUGCAUGACGCUUUUGGCUAUCUCUACCAGUACCAUGGCCUCGGCCCAGGCUACGACUACCUUCGUAGCAAAUGGACUCUUUUCAAGCGAGAGUCACCACUCAGCGGCCACACGUCAGGGUUGAAAUACUGGAAGAGAGUGCUAAGGGAUGCGAGAGAGGGCGAAGAAUUCUAAUCUUGUGUGUGUGUGUGUGGGGGGGACAUACAGUUUGUGACAAACAGCUUAAGCUUAUUGAGGCUCGAGAAGACAGAUACGGAACCAAAUCUAUUCCAAAAAAGGCUAGAAAAUAUACACAAAGACGGCGAGAAGGACUUAAAAAAAAAAAACAGAAAACGAGAUCUUGCCUUUCUAAAGAAGAGAGAAUUUGGAGAAAAAGAAGUCGAAUUUCUAAAAUCUGAGGAUAAAUUCGAGACGCCUUUAAAUUUUGCGAGAAAAUCAUUAUUUCUAAUGACUAUUCGCCACUCCUUCUGUUCUAUGUCGAUAAAAUGACACGAAAAAAAUACUAUCAAUGGAAUAUUCGUCUUUUCUCGAUAUAACCAUCAAAACUCAUUUCAGACAAAAACUUUUCCAGUUUGCUUUGUAAGAGUUCGACAACUUCCAUGCAAGAGUUCAAAAAGGAGAAGUAAUAUAUCAAUAAAAAAGAAUAAUUUUAUUAUAGUGAAGACCUCAAACGACAACUAUAUUAUAACCACAACUAUUUAUUACUGGAUAAAUUGGGCGUGGUCAAGCCACUGGAGAAA